CGCGGUGGUGACCGCGGCCGUGGUCGUGGACGUGGCCGUGGCCGUCGCGGCGGCAAGAACGAGGAGAAGGAGUGGCAGCCCGUCACCAAGCUCGGCCGUCUCGUCAAGGCCGGCAAGAUCACCAGCAUGGAGGAGAUCUACCUGCACUCCCUCCCCAUCAAGGAGUACCAGAUUGUCGACAACUUCCUGCCCAAGCUCAAGGACGAGGUCAUGAAGAUCAAGCCCGUCCAGAAGCAGACCCGUGCCGGUCAGCGCACCCGCUUCAAGGCCGUCGUCAUCAUCGGUGACUCCGAGGGCCACGUCGGUCUCGGCAUCAAGACCUCCAAGGAGGUUGCCACCGCCAUCCGCGCCGCCAUCAUCAUCGCCAAGCUGAGCGUCAUCCCCGUCCGUCGUGGCUACUGGGGUACCAACCUUGGUGCUCCUCACUCUCUGCCCUGCAAGCAGUCUGGCAAGUGCGGUUCCGUCACCGUCCGCAUGAUCCCCGCCCCCCGUGGUACCGGUCUCGUUGCCUCCCCCGCUGUCAAGCGCUUCCUCCAGCUCGCCGGUGUCGAGGACGCCUACACCUCGUCCGCCGGCUCCACCAAGACCCUCGAGAACACCCUCAAGGCCGUCUUCGUCGCCGUCACCAACACCUACGGCUUCCUCACCCCCAACCUCUGGAAGGAGACCAAGCUCACGCCCAGCCCGCUCGAGGAGUUUGCCGACACCCUGCGCGCUCAGCAGAAGCGU